AACGAGUCCAAGGCAAUCAAUGGAGCAGGAGAUGCAAACAUUCCUACAGCAGCACCAGGCGCAACUGGUAGCGGCACAAGUACCCGAGCGCUUGUGGCCUGUGGCAUACUACAAACUCAAGAACGAGGUGUUUGAUGCCGGCAAUUAUUUCUUCUUGGCUCGCGACGAGGAUGGAGACCUUCAUGCCGUCGUGCGCGACGAUGUGGACUUGACGCCCGUGCAGCCCAACACAGACGAGGCUUUGUUCCUGGUGGACCACGCCUGGACAUUCACUGCUGACAAGAAUCGCGAGCAGCUGGAGGCCGUUCCACCGCUUCUCGAACGCAUGGAGAACCUCAUGCAAUUGGAGACAACUGACCUCUCUAAAGAGGAGCGCGUGGCUGCUGUGGCCGACCGUGUGUGGCGUUACGCCAACACGUACCGUCUUGGCAACGUCAAACCAGAGGACUCGUCCACGAUCUGGUAUGUGAUGGACGAGGUUGGAUCAGCUAUUGAGCAUGGUGACGACCCCAACGUGCGCAUGGCUCCGUUCUACUUCGGUCCGUCGCAGUGCGCCUUCUCCCUCGUUUGGACUGUUCAGCCUAUCGAAGGCGGCGACUUCCUGUCGCGUGACUACUUCCCAGAGUAUGCAGCAGAUGCUGCCAUGCAUACUGCAUUGCUCGCUGCGUUAUUCUACGAGCCUGGUAAGGCUGACAGUCCAUACGUGGAAGAGCUUCAAGAGGUAGUUAAUGGACGCAAACAGCAGUACACACUGGAAAACGCUCGCGCCAAGUUUCACGCCAUCGUCAGCCGUGACUCGGAAAUGCUCCCGGAUCCGGCGACAACCGUCACGUCGGUCCCGCUUCCCACUGUUGUGGCUGGGUCCGACCCCCUUCGUGUGUGCUCUGACUUGCAACUGGUACACGAUAAUCUGACCCACCCGCGUUUCACGCUUGUGGACAAUGAAGUCGAGGCCCAAGUCGUGUGGUCCACCCGCCACCUCAAGGACUUCCCCAAGUACACUACCAACGAGAACGUUCAGAUCAUCAACCAGUUUCCGAACGAGAAGAUCCUCACCUGCAAAGACCUGCUCUACGAAAUGUGCAAGCUGCAAAAUGACGGCAUGCAGCCUGAGUGGCUCGCGGAGACGUACAACAUGACCAGUGAAUUCCCCGAGCUUAUUGAGCACUUCAUCCGUCGCGAUCUGGUAGCCCACGAGAACGGAGACGACGAUGACGAGGCAAACCACUGGAUCUGCAAGCCUUGGAACAUGGCGCGUUCCAUUGACACGUGCAUCGCGCAGAACGCAGCGCAUCUGGCGCGCCUGACCGAAACGGGACCCAAGAUCGCGUGCAAGUACAUCCACCGCCCGCUGUUGAUUGACCAGCGCAAGUUUGACUUCCGUUUCCUAGUGAUGGUCAAGUCCACGGAGCCUUUGGAGCUCUAUCUGAGUGGUGUGUACUGGCUUCGUAUUGCCAACAAGGAGUUCACUAUGGACAAUUUCCAGGACUUCGAGAAGCACUUCACCGUCAUGAAUUACUCGGCCUUCGCUGUUCGCAUCAUGGACAACGCUGAGUUCGUCGAACGGUUCGACAAUGAGUACCCGAGCGAGGAUUGGUCUACGGUGUACGCCGAGAUCUGCUCUACUAUCAAGAAGCUGUUCGAGUGCGCCACAGCUCAGCCUCCUCCACUUGGUCUCGGCCGCUGCACGAAGUCACGCGCGCUCUAUGGCGUGGACGUGAUGCUGUCGUGGGAAGCCGACGAGGAGACUGGCGAGGAACGUCUGCGCCCAAUUAUCCUGGAGACCAACUUCCAGCCGGAUUGCACGCGUGCUUGCAAGUACUUCCCGCAGUUCUACAACGACCUCAUGAACGUGCUUGUGCUCGACCGCCCGGACGAGACUGUGCACGGCUGCACGCGUCUUUAAACUCUCGAGUGAGUGAAGAAAUACCUGUUGCGAGUCAAUUAACCAGGUUAUUCUGCAGUUUUGUCGCUCUCACGGCAUUAUGGCGCAUGGAGUUUGUGGCGGAUACAGUGGAGUGAUCAUCAAAGUAAAGUAUCAGGUGCACAACA